CCGUUUCUUUCCUUUUGCCUCCCCUGCGCCCUGGCUAGGGUAGGGUUUCUUUCACGCCAGCGGGCAUCCAGAUCCGCGCCGCCGGCCGCCAUUCAGACCGUCGGGAUGGCGGCGGACAUGGCCGGCUGCUGCUACAGCUGCUUCGGCUUCCUCAGGAAGCACCACCACCGCCGCCGCCGCCCGCCGUCCAAGGACCUGCUUUUGCCGAGGUCCAGCGACGACGACGGCAGCGGCUUCUACCCUGGGGACGACCCGGGCAACAGCAGCAGCUUCCUCGGCGACGACAGCAGGAGCAGGAGCAGGAGCUUCUGCGAGAGGGAAGAGGAGGACUACCUCCUCCGCGACGACGGCGACGGCGAGCCCCCCCGCAAGCGGUCCGAGGACAUCAUACUCUCCCGGGCCCGGAACGGCUUCGCCUGCAGGGACGGCCUCGUCAGGGACACCAGGAGGCUCUUCCGCUCCGAGGACGAAACAACCGGCUGUAAGAUGAUCAACCAGUAUGUCCACCUGGGCAAGAUUGGUGCUGGGAGCUACGGAAAAGUGGUUAAAUACCGAAACAUCAAGGACGGGAGGUUAUAUGCAAUAAAGGUGUUGAGCAAACCAUACAUGUUGAAAGUGCGUGUUGUGCGGUCAGAAACGGCCAUGACGGAUGUUCUUCGGGAAGUAUCCCUCAUGAAAAUGUUGGAUCAUCCCAAUAUAGUAAAUCUCAUUGAGGUGAUUGACGACCCAAACACAGAUAAAUUCUACAUGGUUCUUGAGUAUGUUGAGGGGAAAAUGGUGUGCGAUAACGGUAUAGGUUUAGGAGAAGCUACUUCCAGGAAGUACUUGCGGGACAUUGUCUCUGGUGUUAUGUAUCUUCACUCUCAUAACAUUAUUCAUGGUGAUAUUAAACCGGACAACCUCUUGGUCACAAGUACUGGCAAUGUGAAGAUAGGGGACUUCAGCGUUAGCCAGAUAUUUGAGGAUGACGAUGAUAUGCUUUGGAGGUCUCCAGGUACUCCAGUUUUCACUGCACCAGAGUGCUGUCAAGGUUCAGCCUACCAUGGCAGAGCAGCUGAUACAUGGGCAGUCGGUGUUACCCUGUAUUGCAUGAUCACCGGGAAAUAUCCAUUCCUUGGAGAAACUCUGCAGGAAACAUACGACAAGAUCGCCAAUGAUCCGGUGGAAAUACCCGGCGACACGAGCCCCCAGCUCGCCGACUUGAUGCAGAGGCUGCUCUACAAAGAUCCGGGAGAUCGUAUGACCCUGCAGGCCGCGGCCGCGCAUCCCUGGGUUGCCGGGGCUGAGGGCCCGGUCCCUGAGUUUGUGUGUAGGUGCGGUUUCGGUCGCCGGGACAGGAAUGAUUCGCAGGAGGCGGUGCAAUAACAGAGAGCCAGCCUUUUUGGUCAUUGCUGUGAUGCUAGCCUGGUAGUGUGUAGAUAUAACAGAUGAAAUGUGUCGUAGCAAAACAAUCUUUGUGUUUUGAGUUUUGGGUACAGAGUAGAGCGCCGGUCGGUUUUCCUGUCGUUUUUUCUUUAUCGCAAGCUUUACCCACAUCGCCUUGUGUUGUGGCGGCGAAUGUUUUAUUCUUGUUGAAUCCAUCCAAUAUAGUGAGAAAGCAGAUCUUCCUUUUUUUUCA